AUGAAUGAAACCAGGGAGCAACAACAAGCAAAACCUAUAGAUAUGGGACCUGCGGUGGAGCAAUGGAAGGAAAAAGAAAUGGGCAAAACGAGAUUGAAGUACGACAAGCUAAACGAGAAGAUUCUGUCAUGGGAAGAUAAGAACAGGAAAAAGGCAAAGAAGAAGCUUCACAGAACAGAGAGAGGUGUGGAGAGGACAAAGCUGAAGGCGAUGCAGAGGUUCAGGGACAAAAACGAACGAAUCGAGAUCAUCGUCGCGAGUGCAAGAGCACAUGCAUAUGAGAGUAGAGUGAAAGAAGAGCUGAAAGUUAAAGAGAAAGCAAACCUCAUGAGAACAACUGGACGGAGUCCCUCUACAUGCCUCUAA